CCUACAUUGCUGUGCUUGCUUGUGCAACGUGAGAUUUAGAAGUGAAACGAAACGAUUUCGGUACCCGUUUGUGGCCACUAUCGGCGUGUCCGCGUACCCGGUGUUGCUCUGCUGGUUGGCUACCUGUUUCGAAUGACAAGUGUGCCGAACCCACCCGGCCUCCAGCAGCGGCAGUUUGGUGACAAAUUUGGUGCCGGUCGCGUGUUGUGCGAGCGAGACGGCGGCAAAACCAACGGAAGAAGGAUAGGCGAGAAGGUGGUGGAGGCGGCACGGGUGAAAGGAAAGCGUGGAGAGCCGGACAAUCGUCAUCAUCAUCAGGCGUGUGUUGGAGGGACAAAAGCACGCACGUACGCCUCGCAUUUGCAACACGCAUUCACUCUUCCCCCCUUGGACGAGUGCGAUUGCGUUUGGCUGAUAAAACACACUCCGAGGACGACGCAUAAACGACGCGCGCGAAGCAGCGAGAACGCACAAAACACACAUAAACACCUUAAAGAGGCGCCCCAUCGUGACUCUUUUGGCUACCCAGCAGCAGCACGCCGUGUGGUACGUUGGCGGUGAUUCGGUUUCGGUCGGUACCUGGCUGGUAGCCCGUUAAUCGAUGUGCGUGAGCCAACUAUUCUCGGCGGAACUCCCUCCCACCGUUCGGGUACCCCGCCUGCUUGUCGAAUGUUGACAGCCAGUAGCGCAGUAGCCGACGACGCGGACGACAACGCGGGCCGCCGUAGUUAUGAGUGAGCUGCUGCACCCCUGUACGCAUCAGAUAGUAGACUGAUAAGUCGCGCCCGUUCGCAUUCGCUUGUCGCAAACCCCCGUCUCCCCGUCGUGGGUGGUCGUGGAUUACAAAUCGCGGAUUUCGCCGUCGUCGCCGCCGCCGGGAAGGCCCUCCAUUCGUGUGUGUAAUUUGUGUACGGCAUCGCGUUGCGACCGGUAUCGUGGUUACGGGGUUUUUGGUGCGUUGUCGUGCACAUCGUGUGUGGUUGCGUGUGGGCCAAUAAUGGCAGCAUCCCAGUAACCGAUGGUUUGUUGUUGACCAACCGUUUUGGCAGCGAUAGAAGUGCGUGCGUGUCUCUGUGUGUGGAUUUGAUGCAUGGUGGUGUUGCUGUGUCGCUUGGAAGGUGAAUUCGAAGGAAAAGCGCUGCUUCCGGUUGCUGAACGAGAACGUGUGAGAACGAGAGCAUAUUUGCUGUGCGAGCUGCUCAAGAUUCAGACCAACCGACUACGACUUCAAAACCGCCGCCCCCGGGGGGAGAGUACUUCUGGGCAGUAAAUUUGUCAAAUUUAAUUGAGUGCCCAAUUCGUAAGGAUGUGUUCACGGAGCCACAGCUUGCAGGACAGUGUGCCAGAGGAAGGAUGUCGAUAGAAUCGCGAGGCAACCACUGUAGACCGUCAAUUCAGCUUACUUGAUGUGUGAAAAGCGAAACAUCUCCUAGCAACUAGCAAAUCGAUCCUUUGUACAUCAGCACUCUCCCUUGCGAAACCGAAUCGUAGACAGCGUGGAAAGCGUCAAAAAAGUCUCCAAUACAUCCUGAAGAAUCCAACGAAAAAUUGAGAAAUCCGGUACAUACUCCUCCAGAUCGGUACACAAUGCAAGAGAGCAGCGUAACGGCACUGCCCGUGUCGGGCGUCACGGCCACUGGAUUGGGCGGCAUUGGUGGUAACGGCACUGGGAAUGGCGGUACAGCGAUCAAUGCCACCAUCAACCUAACCACCAGCACCGGAUCCGUCAGCGGGAACGGCUCGGUUCCGGGACUGCCUGGACCGGUGACGGUACCUGGUAUGAGUGGUAGCAAUCCCGCAUCCAUCAGCACGAACCCCGGCGGCAGCACUAGCAGCAAUACCAACAGUAACAACAACAACAUCAUCCCCAGCAGUAAUAGCAGCAGCAACAGUAGCAGCAGCAGCAGCAACUCCACGAUCUCACCACAUGGCCUCAGCGAUAUGGAUCAGGCACAGUUCGAGGCCGACAAACGGGCCGUCUACAAGCAUCCACUGUUCUCACUGUUGGCGUUGCUGUUGGAAAAGUGCGAACAGGCGACGCAAGGCUACAUUCCCUCCCAGUCAUCCGCCUCGAGUCCAAACGGGUCCGCCAACAACGGUGCCGGCGAUGGUGACAGUUUUUCCCGAGACAUUCAGGCCUUUGUACAGUUACUGGAGAAGGAGAAGCGUCCGUUGCUGACGAACAACAGUGAGCUCGAUGGGCUGAUGAUCAAGGCGCUGCAGGUGCUGCGGAUACAUUUGCUCGAGCUGGAGAAGGUCCAGGAACUUUGCCGGGACUUUUGCACCCGCUACAUAGCCUGCCUGCGAAGCAAGAUGCAAUCGGAGAACCUACUCCGAUCGGACUAUGCGCUCGAGCACAACAACAACCUCUCCAACUCGAACAGUCCCAUCAACAGCCCGGAGCAGGAUCUUUCGGGGAGUGCGCAAGGAUACUACCAGGGCGGUGACUAUCUGCAGGGCAGUGACACUAGCGACUAUAGCAAUAUGCAAGCGAAAGGUGGAGAGUACGGUGACGGUAGUGGCCAGCAGCAGCAGUUUCAGCACCCCCAGAACGCUCCAGCCGUUGCACUCCUUCAGCAACAGCAUCAUCAGCCUGUUGUUGCGCCGGCAGUGGCCGCAAUCCCCGAUGUUCUAGGCAUUAGCAGAAGUAACUCCGACCCGAAUAAUACUUUGACUGGUGUCCUGGAAGGAUCCACUCAGCUCACAGAUCUGACAGCAGCAGCCGCUGCGGCUGCAAUGGCUUUCCAGCAACACCAUUCGCUACAGCAGCAGCCUGCCUACCAGCAUCAUCAUCACCAUUCUCAUCACGGUCAGCUCGCGGCACUCCGAUAUCCCCAGGCGGCUGUAGCGCUUCCAACGCUUCCGCUGGACGUGUACGCUGGCCAACUGUCACCGUGCGGUAGCUCGGACGAGCUGGACUCGGAGCUGGACGAUGAUUCGUCGUCGGGCGGCAAGCGCCUUAAGCGGAGCAUCCUGCCAAAGCAGGCUACCGGUGUCAUGCGGGCGUGGUUGUUUCAGCAUCUAGUCCAUCCUUAUCCUACUGAAGACGAGAAGCGCGCGAUCGCUGCCCAAACCAGUCUCACUUUGCUGCAGGUCAACAACUGGUUCAUCAAUGCCCGGCGCCGUAUACUGCUGCCGAUGCUAGAGAAUGCUUCGGAUAAUUCGGGCGAGUAAACUCGUUUUGGCCAAACAUUCGCCGCGGUCUCUGCUAGAUAUCCAAAAAUCUAAUCCUCAACCCUCGAGCUGCAUCGCUGAUGCUGCAACUUCUCGUUUCACUCGUUUUUGCAUCAUGGAGCUUCGUAAUUCUUCGACGUAUCCAAUACUCCAGCAGACAUCUGCGCUGCAGAGGUCUACAUCGGUCAGGUAUUAACCCGGUUCCCUAGCGAUGAAACUGAAGUUCAGGGGAAAUUCGUCCUACGGAAAGGGAAUAAGGAGGAAAUAUUUAUUUAUGGUGAUCGUUUCACCGGCAAUCCCACCCGAGAGGGAAUUUGGAAUCAGCGAUUGUUUUGGGCGCGAAAUUGGCGGGCAAUCACUAGGGUAAACAAUGCACUGCACCCAACAGAACAAAAAUACUUUGCGCUCCCCCUUGAGACCAUUUGAGCACCACUUGACCGCACGGACUGGUAAUGCCCGUCGGGGGAUUUGAAUAGAAAUCCAAUUUAGACACAAAUUCAUUCUCGAAUCGGCUGGUAAUCGGUUUCUCGAAACCACCACCCGUGUGCGUUCGGCGACGUAAAUGCAAAUCGGUGUUCGCGCGUUUUUCGAAUUGGAACAAGACGCGCGGCCGGACGCGCGCGCGCCCGAAGUGUUAUUAAUUAACGCCGGGUCCAGGGGGAGGGGGUGGGUUGAGUCGAGCCGGUAGAACGCCGCGCGUCAGCGCCCAACGAGGACUCUGCAUCCAGUGUCCUUUAUUGGUUAAUAUCAUUAACAUUGGGGUGUGUUCGAGGGGGCGGCCAUGGUCAGCGCCAUGGACUGGAUCGGUGCGUGUCGGUUGGCUAUGAUGGAACCUGUGAGUUGAUUAAUAUUUAUUACUUUCGUAAUGAGCCCGCAGGACGACGCCGUGGGCUCUGGCCCCCCUCAUACGAGGCAGCCCACCAAAUGGCGGGCACGGUUGUGUUGCCAAUGAAGAAAUGUACGUGAUUUCCUCCUUUUUCCCUCCAUUUUUUGUUGUUGUUGUUGUUGUUGUGCUCAACAACUCGAGGACAACCGAGGAAACUUCAAUCGCGAUCGUGCAAAUCGGGUUAAAGGUGUACAUGUGUGAGUGUGCUGGUGUAUGUGUGUGUGUGUAUCGCACACGCUUUACUCAAUUAGGGUGAAGUGAAGCCGGACAACCAGAAUCGGGGGUUGAUUUUUGGGGGUUCCGAAUGCCUGAAAUGCCGGUAGACGAGGAAAUGAGGAAAAUCCCUACGAAAGAGAAGGGAAGCAAACUAGAAAGCCAAGAAGCGAAACACGAGCGCGGCAACAGAGUGCGAGUAUCGAGUGCGUAGUGCGAUUACAUAAAUAAAUAUGAUUUGCAUACUACUUUACGGUAGCGGUUUGAGGCCUCAGGCAUCGGCAGCAGUCGAGUGAAGGGGCGCGAAACACAGUAGCAGUAAAUGCUCAAACAGUGGAGCAGCGAUCGAGGAGGAGCAGAAGCUAAAGGGGAAGAAGCUAUUACAGUAAAUCCUCGUGACGAUGAUAAUUGAAUGAUUACGAACCAGUAAAGCAUUAGUGGAGAGCGAUAAAUGAAGUGAUGCCUGGAUGCACUAAACAAAAACAAAAAAGCAGCGCUCCUACCCCCCAAAAGCCAAGUAUACGUAAAACACAACCCUGGAUGGUGAACCAGUGCUUCAGAGCCAUUGAAAGAAAAACAUUAGAGCAGUAGCAGACAUAGUAGAGAAGGCAUAGUAAACCAAGGCUACCUAGAAUGGAACGAAAAGUUACUUUUAAGUGUCAUAUUAGUUUAGCUUUUCCGCGGCGACCAAACGGAUCCCGCAGGUAACCAAGGAAACUGUGAGAAA